AUGACUAAUGUCCAAACAAAACCAGAUGAAAUAUUAAACCAGAUGGAAUAUCCAAUUGUUGAUUUAUCUUUAUAUCUUAAUGAUCCAGACAAAUCUUCUAAAGAUUGUCAAUUAGUUGCUGAUCUCCUUCAUAAAUAUGGUUUCUUAUGUGUUAAAGAUCCACGUGUAGAUGAUGGACUAAAUGAUAGAUUUAUUGAUAUGUUAGAAAAAUAUUAUGAACAAAGUGAUGAAUUAAAAGCGAAAGAUAUACGUAAAGAAGUUUUCUACCAAGUAGGUUUGACACCUGGUUUUGUUGAACAGGCUCGUGAUCGUUGUGAUAUGAUAGCAAAAUUCAAUGAAACAGAAAAACCAUUGACUAUCUGUCCACCGGAUUUUGAUAAUAAAUCGCGCUUUUUCUGGAGAAUAGGCGAAAGACCAUCAAAUAGUGAAUUUCCCGAACUGCAUGCUGAUCCAGUUAUUCCAGAAAAUUUUCCAGAAUGGAAAGCUACAAUGGAUAAUUGGGGAACAUUGAUGUUGGCAACUGUGAAUACAAUUGCAGAGAUGUGUGCUCGUGGUUUUCAUAUGCCUUAUGAUACAUUCACAUCAUUAAUGAAAUAUGGUUCAAAUCUACUUGCUCCUACUGGUUCAAAUCUUGGACAAUUCGGGCAGAAAGGAACUAUACUCGCCGGUUUUCAUUCAGAUAUUAGCUUUCUUACUAUUCAUGGGCGGGCACGUUUUCCUGGUCUUUUCGUCUGGACACGCGAAGGAAAACGAUUGCCUGUUAAAGUUCCACAUGGAUGUCUAUUAUUACAAGCUGGUCAACAAUUUGAACGACUAACUGGUGGACAAGUUUUAGCUGGUUUUCAUGAAGUUGUUGUAAGUGAACAAACAGUUCGAGCAAUUGAAGAAGCUUCAAAAGCAGGUCGUUCAUUAUGGCGUGUGUCGUCAACAAUGUUUACUCAUAUUGCUACUGAUCAUAUAUUACAACCAUUGGGAUCAUUCGCAAAUCCUGAGACAAUAAAGAAAUAUCCACCGAUUAAAGCAGGUGCACAAGUCAUAGCUGAAUUAGCAGCUGUCAAAAUGGCUAAAACAUUGCAAGUUGAUAAUGAACUGUUAGUCAAUGCUUAUUAA